GCGGGGACUGCGGUGGAAGUUGUUAGCGCAGUUAUAAUUAGCUCGGCCGGGGUCUCUGGUAAGCUGGGGUGGAGGAAGGGGGAGGAGUGUAACUUUUCGCAGCUCGGGGAGUCCAAGGUUGUCUCUGGUUACUGCUGCCCGCUGCUGCGGGGGGAGGCGCGGGCGGCCGCCUGCAGGAAGCACCAGCUCGUCUCCUUCCACAAAGGCCAAAUGGUGGCAGGCUCCCCUGGGCUGGGUUAGCACUUGUGCGCUCGCAGGAGCGGCUGCAGGGAGGGUGGCAGGGAGGAGGAGGAGGAGGAGGCUUUCUUUCCAGACCGCUGCCUCGGGAGAGUUGCGACUUGUGCGUUUGCUGCAGUUGCGUUUCUAAUAGCAGGUUCUGUUUUGUCUCGAUAAACGUGCAUGUUAGUCUGAACUACGAGGUGGUGGGUAAGACGGGAGCAGCAAAAGCUUGGUCUCUUUUUAUGCGUUUCGUAAAUUCAUCUCACUAAUAGAUGCGGUUAAUAAUUUUUGCCCCGGAUAGGCCUGGAAUUUUGCAAUCUGUGUUGGAACAGUUCGUUUCCAAAAAAAUAGGUAGGAGCCACGUGCAGUAGUUUUCUUCUUAGUUUUUGUUCCAGCUAAGGUUGCUUAGUUCAGGCAGCUAACUGCAGUGUGAAAAGUACCAUGAACAUUGAAAUUAAUGCUAUAAUGUCAAAUUUCUAAAGUACCCAUAAACAAGUACCAGGAAACUGCAAAUGAAAAAAGUGAAAGAAAAAAAUAAUCUGCUGAACAUAUAAUUUCUAGUGACUUACAGCUACCAGGUUUUCUUUGCCUUUGGUUUUUUUAACAAUUUGUAAAAACUAAACCGGUAGUGCCUUACCUCUAUACUUCUUCCUGACUCUUGUCCCAGUGAAAUCAUAUAAAGGAAAAAUCACGACCUUUACAGUUAAUUUUUCAGGAGUCCUUUAAAGGAUAUAAUAAAGGAAUUAAAUUUGAUGACUUCUUAGACUUCAGCUCCUUCUAGCAGAAGGUUUUACUUCUAAAAUACAAUUAACAAUACUAGUUUUUUAUUAAAUGCUUUUUGAUUUUUUUAAACUAAGGUGCUGGAAUCUAAAACUUUAAACAUUUUAGUGUGCUUUUUUAGCUUUUAUAGGACUCUUUAAAUUCUUUAAUGCUAAAAAGAGUUCACAUUUUAGAACGUUUGUUCUUUUACAUUCACUGUAUAGAAAGUGCAAUGAGUGUUACACCUUCCCCUGUGACCUAACAUGUACUUUGUAUUAAACCUCAGCAGUGACCUUUUGAAGUCCUGCUGUUUCCGAGCAAAUAGAUUAUGAAUCUUCAUUUUUCUGCUUGGUUUUUGUUUUUUUUUGGUGUGGUGUUUUGUGGUUUUUUUUAAUUUACAAAUAGCAUUGAUCUCCUUAUGGAGAAAGGAGUUGGAUUCUAGAAGGAGGAGGGAGGUACUGAUGUGUUUAUUGGUGUGGGUUAGAUUUGGCAUUCUUAGGUCGCGGGCAUUUUACUGCUGUUUUACUGCAUCUUUACAGUUCCGAGAUUCUGUAAACGGAGGAGCCCUUUGCUAGCAUCAGGCUAUGAGUUCCUAUGUAAGAUGAACUGUAUUCGUUUACCUUUCCAUCUGUCUAAAUUUCAUGGUAUUGUCUCUCCUGAUACGUGAUUUCUGAGAUGAUUACAACUGUAAAUCGGUGUUCAGUAACCUGAAGAAGUAUCAAUGCAAGUUCUUAUCCUAAAGCCUAACACUUAGAGGAUCAGCGUUGUAUUCUGUAGUAUUCAUUUAUGAAAGUCACAUCAUCCUACCUCGGUGGAUGGCUUGGUCUCUUGGGUAGUUCAAGACUCUUGAUUGACCACACUUUAUGCAAAAUCUGGAAUAUUCUUGCCUGGACUCUCUUCUGUUUUCUAAGGGUUCAUGUUGGGGAGAGGUCUAAAACGCAAGCUGAGUGACUAUGAGGAGAACAUGGCUGGUCUCUCGAGUGCCUUUGAUUCCAGUCGAAGUCUGUCAUACCCACUCAAGAGGCAGCUGGUGCUUAAUAUGUGCCUCACCAAGUUACAGACCUACAAAAUGCUGGUGGAACCGAACUUGCACCGCUCUGUCCUCAUAGCCAACACAGUGCGGCAAAUUCAGGAGGAAAUGAGACAAGAGAGUAAUCAGCAGCCAAUUAAUGUCUGCCCUGGCAUUACUCCUAGUUCUCACAGCUACAUGGAGUCAUCUGGGAUUUCUCUUCAGUUGCCUUCAGGUAUUAGUCAGCAAGAGUCUAACUGUUGCGAUUUGCGGUCUGUAGAAGACCCAAUUGAGAAUAGCCUGCUGAUAGUUUCAGAUGAUGAUAUGUCGUCUGCUAUUUCAUCUAUCCUGAAGGAUUUAGACUUUGUAGAAGAUAUAAGCCCGCCUACUUGUCUGGUUCCUACUGGAGAUGACCAGCCAAAGUUUCCAGAAAAUACCGGUCUAAAACUAGAAGAUGAUAGACAGGAUUUGAAGGGAGCUGAAUAUGUGUUUGGUUCCUUUGAGAUUUCAAAUUCAACUAGUUACUUGAAGGAUUUGGCAAUAGAUGACAUUUUUGAAGAUAUUGACACUUCAAUGUAUGAUUCAGACUUCUGUUGCCCUCCACUCAUGCCGCCCAGACCACCAUCUCUUGCUGCAGAAGAACCGUUGAAAACCUUCCCAUCUUGUAAUACUUCUUCAGCAAGCAACAUUCAGAUAUGUAGAGCAGAUCUGAGUGAGUUGGACCACAUCAUGGAAAUUCUUGUCGGAUCCUGAUCCCUGUUUUACCCAAAGAUACUUUUUAACUGCCACUUCCAUUUGGUUUCAGGAUAAAAGCCACUGGAAGAGUUGUAAAAAAUCCUUCAGAACAAACUAAAAAUAAUUUGUCUAUAGUUGGAUUUUCUAAGUGAUUCCAAAACUUAUAACCAAAAAAGUGGCAGAUUUUUUUUUUAAAAAAAGAAUUAUUUAUUUAUAAGAACUGUGCAAUCAUCUUUUUCCUUCCAGGGUGUAUGUGGAACAAUAAGGCACAUACCCUUAUCACCCCUCAUGCCUCUUUCAAUAAACUUUUUUAUGUGCAAUUUUUAAUUUGUCAGAAGAAUUUACAUGCGAAACAAUUUUCAUAUGAGAUGAUCUUUUACAAAGCCUCCACUUUAUUUUUAAUAUCAGAGACUGUGCCAAGUUGGCAUACGUCAAGUUGCAUAGUUAGAUUGCAUGGGCUGCAGGCGCAUUGCUAGAGAUGGGUAUAUUUUAAAAAUGAGACACGCUUUCUUUUGGUCCGAAAAGCAGAUCAAGACACUUGUCAACAGAGUCUCUUGCAUUUUCUAAAGCGUUCAGAACUAUUUAUUUUUGUAAAUUUUAUAGUCUUUCUACAUUUUACUACGUUAUUUCAUCAUAGUUCAAAUAUAAUGGACUCCUAGUUGGAUGUGUUUAGCACUACCUCUGAGCUGAAAUGCUUUAACUCUUUCCAGUGCUUCAUCUAAGACUGCAGAUCUUUGUGUUUUAUUUUAUUUUUGCUGGGGGAAAGUACUUCUAACUCAUCAGGCUGAUCCUUUGACAGUGACCUAGCUGAUUUGUGAAAUCAAGGGUAUUCGAUGUUUAAAAACUUUGAAGUAUUUACAAAUGUAAUUUAUAUGUAGAUUGUGCAAUUUAACAUUUUUCUGUCAGUAUUAUGUGCUUAGAUUUUGAAUAAUCUUGGCGUUCUUUAAAUUAAAACUUACUAUGUACAGGUAGCUUUUAAAUCUGUUUUGGAAAACACUGUCCUUCAACCCUGCUUUCACUACAAAGUUUAAGAUUAUUUUUAUGUGCAAUAUUAUUUAAAAAGAUACACAUUUGUAUACCUGGUGUUGUAGAAAGAAAAGCUUCAAACUUAAAACUUCUAGCACCUUGGGAGGAUACUCAAGAGAAUCAACAUGUCUGUAUCCUUUAAGCAACAAAGUUGAGAAUACUUCUUACUACAUCAGUGCUUUCUGCUUUGGAUACUCCUGAAGUGCUCAUUGAUGGGUGGUGAGUCAGUGCAGAUGACUCAGCCAUCCUGCAGCUGUGUCCCCAAGAGCUCAGGGCUCUGGCGCCUGCGUGGGCUUUGAAGCAUCGUGGUGGUGGUUGCUGCUGCUGUCGGUGCUGCAGAUUGUACUGGGCAAGGAGGGAGGGGUGCGUAUGAAUGGCAGGUGUGUAUAUAAGUAUAUAUAAAAUGCACUCAUUAAUUGAAAAUGAGGUUUGCAGUGAGAACUAUUUUUCCAUGAGACAGUUUGGAUACUGUGUUCCAGCUUGAACGGGAUUUUUUUUUUAUUGAUAAUUGCUAUUGUCUUCUGAGCUACACACUUGCACAUUAGGACUUUCGGGGUUUUUUUGUUAUUUUUUAAUGAUAAAAAUUUUGCUUUGUUCUUGAAAGCUGCAGCACCUGUCUUGUAAGAAAACUUGCAGUUGUAAAAGCUUUGCUUUGGUUUGUUGGGUUUUUGGGGUUUGUUUUUGUUUGGUUUUGUUUUUUCUUUUGCUGUUGUUCUGCUGAGACUUUUUAUGAUUGGGGCAUCGGCAGAGGAGAAAAAAAUGUUGCCUGUGUGUUGCAUCUCACAGAAGUUGAAAUCCUGGCCAUAUUGUGAAGGGGCCAGGGUGUCACCUACUAUUUCUAGUCUUAACUGAUGCUGUGGCUCGCCCGCCUUGUGAUCUCCAUUGUGGUUGACAGUUAUCUGCCAAUACGAGUUGAUAUCCCAAACCAGUGGAGAACCAGUUCAGGUCACAUCCUCGCAGCCAUCUGGGUUGUUUAGCAACCGAAGGGUAUAAAUGUAUUUAUAUGCAUAUAAUGUAUUGAUUCUAAUAUAAAACUUCUGAUCUAAAGUAUUUUGAAUUGCUGGAUAAAGGGAUUUGUUUGAAGAGUGUAUAAAUAGUUCUUGAAGAGGUACAGCUUCAGAAUGUACACAGAUUGUGCAUUGUGUAUAGACUACUCUGGCUUUUCCUCAGCCUCUACUUUUGUAUUAAAAAUACAACUGAGUAAAUCCUUGAAAUAUUAAGGGCCUUCUGCACUGUGAUGAAGCAGAGUUGUGGUUAAAACUGACUUUAAAUUCAGUGAUGAGGAAUCAAAUGAAAAGACUGCAUCUAAUUUCUUUUUGCAUUUGAAAAUAUGGAAUGUUACUAUGCAGUAAAGAUAUUUUGGUAUGAAAAUUGUAUCAUGUAGCAAAUAGUCAACACACAAUAAAGCCACUUAUUACCUUGCAGCCCCUACAGAAAUGUAAGAGAAGACAACAUGCUUUUCAGCAUUUACAUCUUCAAGUUUUUUGUAUACUUCAGAAAUAGAUGAAAUUGCUGGUAGAUGUUUUGUCAACAAUUCAAAAUGCAAUUUUUGUUCAAGUGCUUGCUGCAAAGCUCUAAUUGGUUGCUUGCAUCACAGUGCCAAGACCAUAAGCUGGUAUGUAAUGCAGUUUGGUUAUGUACGGAAUUAUGUGCAAAGGGAAGUUUAAUUUUUAAAUAUGCACAAACUAAUUUUAAAAUCCUUCCAUGUAAAAUGAAGUUAGAGGCUAGUUGUGGUGGACCUAUUUAUUGUAUGUUUGGAAAUAAAAGCCACAGUUUUGCAGUUUAA